AUGGCAACCGGCCCUCUGCAAACUCUUGUCACAAGUGUCCGCCAAUUAGCUUCCGACGACAGCUACAAGGCAAUUGAGAGCAUAUUUAAUGAAAUCCCCGCAUUGAAAGAACAACUCGAAUCUAAGGAUACCGAACUAAAAAAACUUAACCAAGAAAUUACCAGCACUGUCGAAGUAUUUUGCGCGCAACGCAAUACGUUCGAGGUGAUCAAAACUAAGUUGAAAACCGAAAAUUCUGCCCAUGUAGAUAGCAUCAAAGAGAAAGAUGCCGCUGCUACUCAGCACCACCAAGCGCAGGACGAGUUACGAAAGCGGCUUGAUCGUGUUAAGAAAUCAUUAGACGAGGAGAAGACGAAGGUAGUGAAUGCCAACAACGAGAUAACAGAGCUGCAGAAGAAUCUAAAUGGGAGGGGUAUCUACCUUGACAAGCUAAAGAAAAAGGUGAGCGAUGAGGAAGCCAAGGUGUCCAAAGUCAAGGGCGAAUUGAAGGAUAUCCAGGAAGAGAAGAAGUCUCUGGAAGAAGAGUUGAAAUCGUGUUCGAAAAAGCUCGGCGAUAUCGAGGGUUUUACCACGAAAUUGCAUACUUAUGAUUAUGAGGCUGAGGAUGGUGUGGAAUGGAUGCGGCAACUAAACCUGGUAUGGGAAUCAGCUCAUGGGCUUGUGGAAAAACUCUUCGAAGAAGAUCUCUCGGAGGAAUGCCUUCGAGACACCGGGGCUUGGAAUGAUUUCCGAAGGUUGCUACACUUGGAACGCAAAAUCCCCAUCCCGCAAUCCAACUCGCCGGCCGCGAAACAAAUGCGCAUUGCUGCAAUGCUAGCUAUUCUCGCGAGGAACAUCGACCAAUACGUUUUCCAGCCAACUUACCUCUCCGACGAAUUAGAUGGGACCAGAAAACUCCUCGUCCGUCUCGCCAUGGCAGAUAGCAAGAAAGAAUCGUUCUGCCGCUCCGUCUUGAUGUCCAUGGCCCCUAAAGACCAGGAACGGAACGCCUCAAAGAGCUUAGACGACGUUGUCCAAGUCGUCUCUAGCUGUGUUCGCCAUUUGCUCGCGGACGCCCAGUAUGAGAGAUUUAGGUCGGACUUAAAGCAGGUCGUUCGGCGGGCUUUCCAGGCCUGGGAGUUAAUACGACAUGCUACAGAGAAACUCGAACCGCUCUUCGUGCUCAGACACUUCGAGGAUAUUGAAUGGCAAACUCUCAGAUUUGCCGGUCCUGGCACUUCUUCAACAGACCAAACUUCCGCAGCUGACGACGAAGCCCUACUUGUGAUAUUCCCGCGCAUCUACGUCAUCGAAGACGACGAGCCUGAUCCCAUCACACCAGGCGUCGUGCUCAGGAAGUCUCAAGCUGCAGCAGCGGCUGAAGAGAUCGAGAAGGCGGACCCCCCAAGCCCAACUUCUGGACGACCAGGUGCAAGAUCUAGGGGUGUGAGAUCGGCCCGCAGACAGUCGAUUUCUAUGAAUGGCGCGAAUUCUUUUUUACCCCAGAGACUCCCGUUAAACGCACAUUGA